UUACGCUCGUUUGACAGUCAUGUGGUACAGCGGCAAGUUAGUUUGCUGCGAUGUUUGGCGGUCUUCAGCGCCAGCUGCGCUAUUGCUUGCUAGCCGUUGUGAGUUUUCUAGCGCUGCAAUUUUUAUUAGUAUUGCUGCUAAUGCAUUAUGGCCUGUUUGAAGACACGUUGACUAAGCGCCUCACCUUAAAUCAUGAACAACUAAGCUUGGAUCUGGAAUUGGGCUGGCGUGAUUUUGUUGCGCUCACGCCAAAGCGUACCAAAGACUUGUAUCAAUAUAAUCAGAAUUUAAGUGACAAGUAUGGGCCGCUGCGUGCACUGCCAACAGUGCAACAUGACAGCUGCAACAAGCGGACUUACACACUGCCACAUGCCUCACGCGCACGCAUCAGCGUCAUCAUUAGCUACUACAACGAGGCGCGCUCUGUGCUGCUGCGUACCCUCGUCUCGUUGAUCAAGCGCACGCCAGAGGACUAUCUGCAUGAGCUGGUUGUCAUAGACGACUACAGUGAUGAUGAGUUGCUGCUGCAGAGUCUAAAUGAGAUCCUAGGUCACAUUUAUGCUACACGGGGUCAGCUGACCUUUGUGUUCAAGCGCAAUCUACAUCGUAAGGGUCUCAUACAGUCACGCAACGAUGGUGCCCAGGCAGCCACUGGCAACUAUCUGUUCUUUCUGGACAGUCACUGUGAGGUUAACGAAGGCUGGCUGGAGCCGCUGCUGGACAGGCUAAUUCAAAAUCCACAGAUGGCGGUGAGUCCGCUUCUGGAUGCCAUUGAUCCAGCUAGCUUGGAGUAUACUUCGGGAAAUGCGCUGCUUAAGGGCGGCUUCGAUUGGAGUUUACACUUUCAUUGGCUGCCCCGAGUGCUGGAGAAGCAAGAGUCCGAGGCGCAAGAGUAUCGCAGUCCCAGCUUCAGCGGCGGCGUCUUCAUGAUCUCACGCGAUUGGUUUCUUAAGCUGCGUGGCUUUAAUACACAGCUGCAGACUUGGGGCGGCGAGUCCAUAGAGCUGGCCGUUAAACUGUGGCUUUGUGGCGGACAAAUUGAGAUCGUGCCCUGCAGCCGUAUUGGUCAUAUAUUUCGCCCGCGCCAUGCCUUUGAGUUUCCCUCGCAGUUGGACGCAGCGCUGGACACAGCGCAGGCAACAUAUUUGCGCAAUUCAAAAAUCAUAGCCGAGUCCUGGCUGGACGAGUAUAAAUAUUUAUUCUAUGCCCUCAAGCCGGCGGCCAAGCAAAUUCCAUUGAAUCUCGCUGACCAACUGCACAAUGUGGAGCAGCUGAAGCAAGAGCUGCAGUGUAAGCCUUUCGCUUGGUUUUUGCGUUAUGUGUGCCCUGAACUCAAAUUACAGCACGCGGAGUUUAGCGCUGUGGGCACACUUCGAAAUGGUGAGCGUUGUCUGCAUGUGGCACAAAUCUUUCCCGAGCUGCAGCUGUUGCUUGUCAGCUGCUAUCAGCAGGACUUGACGCAGUGGCGCCUGCAUCGUGAAAGCGGCCAGCUAAGCACCGAGUCAAAACGUUGCCUGGGCGUUGUGCUGCAGCUGCCGCUGAAGCCGCGUCUCACCCUGGAGCCUUGCAUGAGCACAAGUGGCGCCACAGAGCACGAUUGGGCGCAUUCACAACGCUGGCUGCGGCGGAAGACGCAGCUGCUGCAUGCGAGCUCACAAUUGUGCGUCGAUAAUCCUAUCAUUGAUCGUGUGGAGCUGAGCACCUGUCGUCCAUUUGCAAUCUCUCAAGCAUUUCACUUUUCGUUGGAAAUUGAAGCUCAAAGAUAAACACAUAAAGCGGCGCUUAAAGCCACGCAUACGUACAAUUCUUUGCUUGGCUGGGGCAACUAAUCAAAAUGUUGGCAUGUUGCGCUAAUCUCUGUGAAAUAUUUCCGCUGUCAAAGCAGCAGUCAUAGAUUAUCACCUGUGGGGGCGGAGGGCUAAAUUAUGGCGCCACAGG